GCCUUCUAUAUAGCACCACGUAACGUGCUAAGAGUCCCUUCACCGUCCUUUAUUUUUCCAACUAAAGUUAGGCUUUAAACUUUAAAACAUUAUGGGUUUAGCAGCAGCCCUCCUCUUCCUCCUCCUAGCAGCUCCGGCGGCUUUUGCCGAGCAAUACACCGUAGGAGACAGCAGCGGUUGGACCUCGACCGGAGAUUACCAAAGUUGGGUUCAAGGGAAAACAUUCACCGUAGGCGACACACUUUUGUUUACCUACGGUGGCAGCCACUCGGUGGAGGAAGUAUCCAAGAGCGACUACGAUAAUUGCAACACCGGCAAUGCUAUUAAAUCCUACAGCGAUGGGAACACUGUCAUCACACUGUCCAACCCAGGGGCAAUGUAUUUCAUUUGCCCCACCAUAGGUCACUGUGCUGGUGGCAUGAAGCUAGCCAUCAAUGUUGUAGCAGCUAGUGGCAACUCACCCUCCACCCCCUCUACUCCGUCUGGUUCCACCACUCCUUCCGGGACUCCCCCGAGUGGUGGUACAACAACUUCUCCCCCGUCAACACCUAGCGGAGCUCCGAGCACCGUGAAUUAUGGUUUUAUGGUAGCCUUGUUGGGAGCCGUUGUUGGAAUUAUGUGCUAGGGGAGAGGCAGUGCUAUUGUUUAUUGGCUUAUUUGCUUUCGUUUUCGUCAAUAUUCUGUGUGAUUUUAUUUUAUUUUUCCUUUAUGAACCAGAGAUGGAGAGAUAUGUUUUUAUGAUCUUCGAAAUAAUUUGCCUUAAAUUAUGAUUAAAAAACAGGUCUUUUA